AUGAUAAGAAGGGACCAAAAGUUCAAGAAGAUGACUCCAAAUCAACUACUUGGUGAGAUUCUACAUCAAGAGUUGGUUGAGAAGGAUGUCGCCAAGUCACUUAGUCUAAAGAAGAACAAGGGAGUUGCUCUAAAUGCUAGCUCAAGUGUCAUGGUUGAACCAAGCCACAAGACAUCCAAACCAAGGAAGGAAGAUUCAAGAGAUGAUGGAAGCACCAAUGAAGAAACCGCUUUGGUCUUGAGAAAUUUCAAGAAAUUCAUGAAGAAGAAGGGUUUCAAGAAAGAUGGUAAUGAUAGGAAGGAGACAUCACAAAGAAGAUAUAAGUGCAAGGAGUUGGGUCACUACAUUGCCGAUUGUCCAAACAAGAACAACAAGGACAAUAAGGAGAAGAGGUACAAGGAGAGGAGCAAGGACUACAAGAAGAAGUACCAAGGUCAUGCUCACGUUGGUCAAGAGUGGGAUUCUAGUGAUGAAGACUCCGACAAGGAAUGUAUGGAAACUCUAGCCAUACUCAAGCCAUCUAAAGCUAUAGAAUCUUCAACAACACCUUCGACAAUGAUGACAACACCCCUUUUUGUCUCAUGA